CCCCUUUUGCAGAUCUGGCCUUUGUUGUCAAGUCGCGUAUACUCCUCUUGCACCGUCAACAAACACCACGCUAAAACACCAAAUCAUGUGACCAUGUCCAUGUUUCAUCCAUCCCAUCCUCCACCGGUCGCGAAUUAUUCCAGACACACCAAAAGAGCUCCAAAAGGUACCUGGCAUGAUAGGAUACGGUCCCGACGGUGCAGCGAGUGUGUAGGUGUUAUGAUGGGGACCCUACCGCCAUGGGCGCAUCCGCAACCUAUCAACUCACACUGCCACUCAAUGUUUCAAACCUGUCUGGCUGCGGAGGCACCCCCCGCGCACAGGCGAUCGGGCGCUGGAACACGAUGCGAUGAUGGACACAGUCGGAUUCUCUCCAGCAGUUCUCCAGGCGUUGAAGUGAGGCAGAGCUUCGGACGCAGCGUUGGGUUUGACGAUUGCCCCCUCCCCCCACUGCGCACGCCAACUACGGCCGAGGGUUGGCCGCUCGCUGGCUGUCUUCACCGCCAGGCCGAACAAAGCGCCAGUGUGGGUGGCACGCAAAGACAGGCGAGAAAGCCGCGGCCAUUCUAG